GCCGGUACAGAAUCAGGAGUCCUGUUCUAUGAGCCAACUUUUAAGCAUUUCUAUUCUUAUCCAUCUGGACCAAGAUUGGAUCUGGACCUUUUUAUUAUUUUCAAGGAGCAGCUUUGUUUUGGGGGAAAUAAAUGCAAGUUCUCAGUUGAGGCUUCAGCCUUUUUUAACUCUGAGUCAGAGCAUGGCCAACCUGAUGGAGCCCUCACUAAACCACAGCAUCUCUGCAGAAUUAGGUGAUCAAAAUAACCCGAGUCAUGGAGGAGAAGUUGAAACUAGGCAUUUGGCAGGUCAACAGCAUAGUAACUAUACACUCAGAAAGAAGAGUAAUCUACGUCUCAAUGACCAGCUCAUCCCGAAACCAACAGAUAUAAAUAUGGGGGAGAGAGUGAUAAAGAUUGCAGUUCCAAAAGAGCAUCCUUAUUCAUCACACAUCUCCCGGUUUGCGAUGUUCCCAUCAUACCACUCACCUGAUGACCCUGAUACUGGGGUCCGAGCUGCGUCCCAACCUUUCCUCAGUCCCCUCGUCCCAAACAGUGCGCCCGACGUCACUCUGCUGAACAAAACCAUAGGUGGUCCCUAUAGACGUGAGGUUUUGGAGACACCUGUGAGAACGCAGAAGAAGGCUGUUACAUUUUCAGGAGAACAUGGCUUCUUGGAUUAUCCAAAGCCACUGAAGGGAGAGAGUCAGGUGUUUUAUCCGACUCCAACAAAGGCAGUGAUGCCGAACCUUAAACUACGAGGCUGGGAUUUGUCUUUACCUGAACGGACGAGCAACAUGCUGAAAAACCUGGAGCGGACACACUGGCUGACAUCUUACCAGAUGGACUACACAGGAUCUGGGCCAGCAAAUCCUCUGAAGAUAGACGACUUCAUGGAAAAGCUCAGUAACCUGGCUGGGAUGAAUUCAAACACUACAUUACUGAGAGAAAGAUCCUACCCUGUUUUUGUUCCUUCUAAACCGAGAGAAGGAUGCAAGAGAAGAAAGGAGACUGGUUCAGGGAGGAUCUCCUUCAGUCCCACUGGUGCUGCCGACCUCCCAAACCCAUUUCCAGCUCCUCACCGAGCCUCUGCUUCAGCUACUCCACCAGGACCACAUGAGAGCACAGCUACAGAUAAUGAGGCAUCGGAUCCGAAUCAAAAGGGUCAUAGCCAAUCGCAGUAUAGCACAGAAGCAGGGAGCGCAGAGCUGUCCCACAGGGUCUUACAUAAACAACGAACUGGCACACUGAAGGAAAACUGCAAAGCCCAGUUUGAUGAAAGUCUCACGCAGACAUAUGUGUCACAAAGCAGCAAAGAGGCUAAUGCUGCCCAGACCGCAAGCACGGAGCAACCACUGCACAGACCCCCACUUUUACAGGCAGAGAAAGACCUUCACAGAGAGAACAGCUUGAACAGGCUGUGUAAUAAGGAUGCACGGAAUGGCACAAAGGAGUGUUCUAAAGCUGCAACAAAUUCAACAAACAUUAACCUAGAGAAAUUAACAGAGAGCAGAGAGCUGCCGUGGAGUAUGUUGAACCCCUGCAUCCUACCACGACCUCCUGUCCUGCCUGACAUCGGUACCAUGCGUGGACAAGGUGCAGCUCCAGGCCUCCUGGAUCUUCAAGAUGCCUUCAGUAAGACAGACGCACACCACAACUUCAACAACUCCAUUAAACGCGCUGCUGUGAACCUGAGGGACAAUGUGGUCACAGGCAAGAAACACGACUUCUACGGAAUCAACUGUUGGUACCUACAUGGAUAACUGAGUGACUAUAACUAUGAAAACAUUGUACAAGCAUAAAAUAACUAUAAGAUGUACCUGUAGUAAGCUUAAAAAGGGGGAAAAAAUAAUUAAUUGAUAAGAAAUAUUAUAUUAGUCACAAUAACUAUCAAAUUCUUAUUUCUUUUCAAUUUUAAGGCAGUGUUUUGGUCAAAGAUAAAGAAACAGAACAGAACAGAAUAGACAGACCUGUAAAACAGUCUAGAAAUCAGAGGUGUAGCAUUCAAAACAAUUAUUAUGACAAAAUGUGUAUUCAACAUCAGAAUACAGUUAAUAUUGACAGAAUAUUGAC